AUGGCUGUUGUCAAACUUCAGAAGAUCCAACAGACGGCCCAGUCUGUGACAACCGCAAAGAUGGGACGAUUCCUAGCAUCGCUGUCUAUCGUUGUGACAUAUGCAGUCCUCUCUCUGGGGAAGCCUGCUAAUGACUGGAGCAAGCCGUGCUUCCAUGGCGAAUGUGCCUAUGAUAUGCCCGAGCAUACUGGUCAUUCUGGCGCUCUAAAGAUCUUCGGGUCUCCGCGUGCCAUUACGGACGUAACGCCUGCUGCAGGAUGGGUGAUCCUCGACUGCGACCCUCACUCUCUGGAUCAAGAGAUCCGUCUUGUCUGCGCGAGUGAUGACGCAGAUGCUUCGGGUUGCAACCAUAUCUUUGAUCAUGGAGGGCCAGAAGACAAGCUCGUCCGCCUCCCUGAAAGCUGUGGCGGCGGCCCUUUCUUGCGUAUCGCCAACGCCCGCGUCUCAGAGGACCAGUCUAUUCCCCAUCAUGCUGCUGGGAAAAUAUCCAGACGUGAUGGUGCAUCACCGACCGUUCACGUUAUCAAGAUCGAUUCCAACCUUGCUGCCAUCGAUGCUGCCAAAACGGGCACCGUCAGCUUUGUAUUUGCCGGCGCCAAUGUACCUGGCGUUGAUGGCUCUGCGGUUGGGGAAGGCCUUGAUGCUCGUGGCCUUUUCGAUUGGAUCUCCAACGCGUUCAACACUGUCAAAAAUGCGGUCGUUAACGCUGCUAACGCUGUGGCUGAUGCUGCCAAGGCAGUGGUCAAGACUAUCAAAGAAGCGACUUCUUUCACAAUCAACCCAGAGCAUCUCCUCAAGCUCCAGCACCACACCGACCACGACGUCGUAGUAUUCCAGGCGCAGUCUGAAUUGCCACAUGGCUGUGCCAACGGCGUAGAAGUAAGCCUUAAAGUAGAGGCCGGCGGCUCCAUCGAUGCCGAUGUGAAGCUUGGCCUCGUCGUACAUGGAUCGGUUAUACCUCCCCAACUCGGUGAUUUCGCUGUAUAUGCAAUUGUGGACGCCAAAGUUGAUGCUCAUCUCCAUGCUCAUGCCUAUGUUCAUGGCCACCUUGACACGGGAAGAAAGGAGUUGUUGAAGUUCCCAAUCACGCCCAUCCAGAUCCAACCGAUAUUCUCUUUGGGCCCGGAAAUUCGCCUCGAUGCUCGCGCCGAACUCGAUUUGGCUAUCGAGGUGGACAUUGAUGCGCACCUCAAGUAUAAUGUCAAUAAACUUGAGUUUUGGUAUCCAAAGGAUGUCAACCACGAAGUCAAACAGGCAGUUGAUGGAGCAAAUACUAUCAAGUCAGAGUCAGCCCCAUUCAGUAUCUCGGCGACAGCUGGCUUGGCAGCGGAGGCAAACAUCAAGGGCCAUUUGAUACCUCAGCUCCAUCUGGGCUUCAAGCUCUUGAGCGGAGCUGUUGCCGACCUGAGCGCAUACGUGGAAGUGGAUGUUUGGGCUCAGGCGGAUGUGGUCGCUCAAGCUUCGGCUCACGCUUCGCACAAAGCACGGGAAAUAGGGGGGAGAAGUGUCUCUACACGCGAUUUUACUCCGCCAUACCUGAACACGCGCAACAACAACCUCGAUGCUAGGAAUGCUGGGGCCCAGUUUAUGGGAUGUUUGACUCUUUCUGCUGGGUUGAGUGUCGAAGCAGGCGCCAAGGGCAGUUUCAUUGGUGGUUUUACCGCCGAGACUAAGCCGUGGACGAUAUGGCAAACAAAGACUCCAAUUCAAAUCCUUCACAAAUGCUGGGGUGGCGCCGUUGGCUCGGCCAAAGUCCCAAAGACUCUCCAGAGCAAAGGCACGGCUUUGACUUGUGGUGCCGGUAGCGCCCCAGUUUCUGUCCCGAAAGAACAGACGGAGGCGAAAACGCUUGAGACUGCCAAAGCAGGCUAA